AUGUUGUUACGUAGACUGUGCCAGCCGUGUCUCCCAGUACUGUUCGAUCACCUGGUGCUGGUGGAGCUGCUGGUCCGACUGCAACACUUCUGGCCACCUCUGAAACGGCAAGAGACGCAAUACGAAUGCUUAGAUAUUGCAUGUCUUUGCGGAUUUUUCGGAGGUAGUGGUGGCGCAAACUGCGUAUUGCCAAAUGGACAACGUCUUACAAGAGGCCUUCGAAAGGAGUAUCGGGUAUUGACAGAUGCUGAACGACAGCGGUGA